AGGAGCCGGGGAGGCUGAGCUCCGUGUGGAUGUUUGUUGUUUGUGAGGGGGCAGCAGUGUGUGUGGAGGGGGACUCACGGAGGGUUGUCCACCGGCCUUCCUGCUGCAACUUUUCUCCCUCAGUACCGCGGUGGAGUGAUGCUGAUCCCCGGCGGCUGGUCGCUGUUCAUCGCUGUGAGACCCUCGGACCCUCGGCUGUGAGCUGGUGUUUUCUCCCGAGCAGCAGCGGGCGCUCAGGAUGCUGGAGCCCGCCUGAGAGAAGCUCCCCGCCGCCGUGUGCUCGUUCUCCGGAUCCCCCCCUUCUGGAUUUUUUAAAAACCAACUUCUUCUUCUUCGGCGACGAGCGGCUGUUUUCAAAACAGUUUUUUUUCGCCAUUUCAACUUCCAACCAUGGUGUUCUUCUUCGCUUCGUCCUCGGCUCGCAACAAACCCGGGUAACGACAGGAGCAGCUAGGCGACAACACCCCGACACGACGACCACCUUCCCCUCGAGGCGCAUCUGCCCCCGGAUUUAUUCAGCUGUGGAGAUUUUAAUCGGCCAUCGAUGCAUCUCGGGGUGUCUGAGUCCAUGAGAGAGUGCGAGUACAGUCAGAUCAGCACCCGCAGCUCCACGCCAAUGGAGACCCCUUACAAGAAGAGGACCCCGAAGAAGAAGAAGUGGGAGUCCUUCCCAGGUCGGAAUAAGUUUUACUGCGAUGGCAGGAUUAUGAUGGCCAAGCAGACGGGGGUCUUCUACCUCACCCUCGUCCUCAUCCUGGUGACUUGUGGACUCUUCUUCACCUUCGAUUGUCAGUUCCUGGCGCUACAGUUGACCCCGGUUAUCCCAGUCAUAGGAGGCGUGCUGUUUCUGUUUGUACUGGGGACACUGCUGCGAACCAGCUUCAGUGACCCGGGGGUGCUGCCCAGGGCCACCCCAGAUGAAGCAGCGGAUCUUGAGAGGCAAAUAGAUGUGGCUAAUGGUAGUACAGGCUACAGGCCUCCUCCCAGGACCAAGGAGGUGGUUAUCAACGGCCAGACAGUCAAACUGAAGUAUUGCUUCACCUGCAAGAUCUUCAGACCGCCACGUGCCUCCCACUGCAGCCUGUGUGACAACUGUGUGGAGCGGUUUGACCACCACUGUCCCUGGGUGGGAAACUGCGUGGGAAGGAGGAACUACCGUUUCUUCUACAUGUUCAUCCUUUCGCUGUCCUUCCUCACCAUCUUCAUCUUUGCCUUUGUCAUCACACACAUCAUUUUACGCUCCCAUCAAAGUGGGUUCCUCAAUGCACUAAAAGAGAGUCCUGCCAGUGUGCUGGAGGUGGUGGUGUGUUUCUUCUCCAUUUGGUCCAUAGUGGGCCUCUCAGGCUUCCAUACCUACCUGAUCAGCUCAAACCAGACCACCAAUGAAGAUAUAAAAGGGUCAUGGUCCUCUAAAAGAGGGAAGGACAACCAUAAUCCCUACAGCCAUGGCAAUAUAUUCACCAACUGCUGUGCAGCGCUGUGUGGACCCCUGCCACCGAGUCUAAUUGACAGACGGGGUUUUAUCCGAUCAGGCACACCACAGCUGGCACCACCCACCAAUGGCAUCACUAUGUAUGGGGCCACCCAGUCUCAGCAGAGCCACAUGUGUGAUCAAGACCAGUGCAUUCAAGGCACCAAAUUCGUUUUGCAGGCCGCCAACACCCCUCUCCUCCAGCAGCAGAGCAGCGAACCAGUCAUCCUGACGACCUCUCCCGAAAACGGAGUCUCUCUACCGGGCCGCAACUCCCUCAGCCUGUCCGGCCCGUGCACCUCGCUCCCCCUCGGGCAGCCAACGCCUCCAACGUCGACCCCCAGCCUCAGCUGCCACGAGGCCACAGACAUGUUACCAAUCCACGGACACAGCCACACACACACACACACACACAACCACAGCCACCCCCUUCAGGAGCCGCUGGCACACCACCACUAUCUCACUCCAGAGGAAGUGCCCUCGCCCCCAGGUAUGCUACCCUGCGGCAGCCCCCAUAGCCACACCAUGCAGGCCGGCUUCUACAACCCAGCCAGCCAGGACUCGCUACAUGAGGACUCUGUCAGAGGACUGGUAAAGCUCAGCUCCGUCUGACAAUGGAAUAUACCCCCAUCCCCCUCCACCACCUCUCCCCUAAAAACAUUCAUCCAACCCCUGAAACUGUGCCACUUUUGAACCACAUCUCCCCCUCCCUUUCUUCUCAGCAGGACAUGAGAUCUGGAGAAAAAACUGACUGUGGUUUAAAUUCAGCUGCUAGAAACUGUGGUAUGUGACUAAGUGAAACCAGUUGUCCUCAGCCAUUGUCUUGCCAAACCUCUCUGCUGGGACUGGGAGAUGGUUCCAUGUGUGGUGGAGUGUAUGACAACUCAGUCAUACACUUCUCUCAUUUUUUUUUGGUGUGUGUAUGUUUUAAAGUUCAAGGGAUCCCAUCCUCCAUCUUCCUGGAGACUGGACAGUGGAGCUUCGUGGCGAAUGUCCUUGAGCGUUGUCCAGCUAAAACAAGAAUCCAUGUUUUGACAGUAUAUAACAGUUCAUUGGUCAGAGAGCUGAAUGUCUGUCAGUGGAUCACACACCUGACUUUUUGUAAAACAAACUUUAGCCUAUUUGCCUGUUGCUGAUCGGACUUUUGUCUUCUGCCUUUUUUUCAUGGACAUUCUCAGCAGUGCAAUGGUUGAUGUCAUGUUGCAUAUCACCCUGCUUUUUAUCUGUUUAAAAAAAAAAAGAAUAAGAGACUGUUGUACUGUACCAUGGUUAUUGCAACACCUCUACAAAUUAUAUUUCCUGUGGAUAUUAAUAAAACACCAACUUUUUAUCAGAAAA